GCUCUGGACUGUGGUGGAUUAGUUUCCAUCCAGGACACUGUGUGAACUCCUGAAUGUGAUCCAGGUCGCUGGUCUGUCAGAGCAGCUGUCACGUCGUCCCGACUGAUGAGAGUGAAACCAAAGAGAAUUAAGGCUUAAUCAGGACUUCCAAACGUGGCCGGUGACGACACGCCAGCAGCAGCAGCACCUGCCUGCACUCUGCCCUGUGUGCAUCUGCAACAGAAAGCACCUCACAACUCGAGUGCGACAGCCGCUUUCUGGUUUCCAUGCCAACCACAAGGGCUGUUCACGUUGGAGCAUGCUCAGUUUGGCUCCCUUCCCCUGUAACAAUAGCCAGUGAGAGGGCUCACAUACACACACACACACUCUCACACACACUCUACUCCAGCUCGCAGUGGGAGCGAGACGGAGAGGAGAGGCUGCCUGCUGCGCUGCGGAGCUCAUAACACACACACCGACCAACAAACACACCUCCAAUAACAAAGCUCCGGGCCACGUCUGUCUGGCUGUGAGGAAACUCCAGACGCAUCGCUGCACUGAGAGGAGGCAGAGAGGAGGAGGUCGGGCACUUUGGGAUCUGAUCCAAUGACCUGCAGGAGGAGAGCAGCAGCGUAGAGGCUUGAUUAAAAUGGGGCUGCAGAUCUUCGUACCUGCUGACAGUGUGUCCGAGGGCGGCUCGCUCAGUCCGCAGCCAUGCCAGACGUAAAGCCUCCUCCACCAUGUGACUACCCCUCCACCUCCUCCGCCGCAGCCUCCGCCGGCUCUCCUGCUGGCUGUGCCUCCCCCCUCGACCUCAUCAUCGACAUGGAGCCCUGCAUCGCCGACCUCCCCCUGUCCCCUGACCCCCUGUCAACGUUCCCCCGACACAGACCCGGCGUCCCUCACUACCUGGGCCUCCAGGGGCCGCCCUUCCCGCUCAUGGCCCGGUGUAACAGCAGCACCCUGCUCACUAACCUGGGGCUGAGGUACUGCUCCAGCAGGCAGGGCCCUCUGGGAGCGGGGCCGGGUCAGGGGGUGGCCCCGGGCUCCUGCAGCCACACAGGAAACAACGUGAGCAGGCCUUACAGGAGCAUGGAGAACCUGACCUGGAACACUGUGGCAGACUCUGGCCUGUGUGCGUUCAGUGCUGCCCCCUACAGGACCAUGGACAGUGAGUUUAUUUUACGCUACACCUCCACCAGUCACUGGUAUGACGGGCCCCCAGAUGGAUCUGUGUUGGGGGCCCAUGGACUCGUACCCAACCAAGAGAGCCUGGCGUUUUACCCGCGUCACGGGCUGCCCAGGAAGGACCUCCCACUCUUCCCUCAGCUGCUGCUUCCAGGUGGUGUCGACGAAUGGGACGCGAGGAAGGGCCUCAGGGACAAACUCCGCCUCCAGAGUGCGAGGUCAUCAGUUGAGCCUCUGAAGCCCCUCCCGCUGCGGCCUCAGGUGACCCCAGGAGCUGCACCCAUUAAACGGGAGGGUGUGCAUCACCUGAAUUCAACAGUUGCUGGGACCAGGCCGCCGUGCACGAUGCGCAUCACCAGCCCAGAGGAGAUCAAGCAGGAGGUGCUGAGGCGCUUACAGCUCCGCCGGCAGAACAGCAGCCCCAACCUGGCUCUCCACAGCUCCCCGUCCAGCCCGAAGGUGGUGAAGGUGUCCUACACCACAGACAACAUCGCAGGAAAUGGGAGUGGAACAGAUUCAGCAUCGGAGCGCCGCAGACCUCCUGUGGGACGCCUCCAUAUCCCUACGUUUGAGGAGUUUAAGAGGAUGAGGCAGAGGGAGGGAGAACAGAGCAGAGACGCCACAGCGGGUUCUGUGGCGUCUGGAAAACUUGACGCUGAGGUGUCUGAAGAAAGAGGAACAUCAAACAGUGAAAUACCUCCGACUGAUCAGAGUGUUCCUCAGUCGAGCUCUGGUGGAGGAAACAGAGAGCACUCAGAGGAGGAGCAGGGAGGAAUGAGCAGAGCGACCUCAGAGAGACCUCCCUGUGACACCACUGCAGCUCCCGUCUGCACCUCCGUCACCAGCACAUACUCCCCCAUCCGCACAGGCCCGUCCCCACGUUCACCCCUGCAGCCUCUGGCCAGCUCAGCCCAGGAGAAAGCCCCCGCUGCUGGAGGAGAUGAUGAUGAUGGUGAUGGGAGCAGCAGGCGCAGGAGGAGCAGUCUGGAACCAGCUGGGUCGGUUCCCUUCCCGCCCAGCAGGGAGAACUGGGACCGGCCCUCCAGCUGCUGCCCGGCGCUCCUGCUGGAGGGGACGGACCUGUCUCGCUACGGAGCCAAGAUCUACAAGAUGAAGGACGGCCUCAUCGGCUCGGCGCUGGACCUCAUCAAGAAGAGCUGCAGUGCAGAGAUCUCCGCCGAGGCCCCCGUCAGGCUGUCAGGUGACCGGGACGGAGGCUGUGACAUCACCGCCCCCUCGACCGACUGUCAGCCCUCCGCCGUUGCCAUGGCAACGUCGGCAACGGCCUGCGGAGCCAAGGCUGGCGACGAGACGCCUGCAGGAGGAGGAGGAGGAGGAAGAGAGGAAGCAGGAGAAUGCCACACCGGUCUGGGCUGCAGGCGCUCCAGCUCGGACGCAGCCUAUGAGCUGGCUGAGACGGUGAGGGCGCAGCGCGAGUGCCGUCUCCGGCCCCACUACAGCGACCCCAUGCCAGCCAACGCCUCCAAGCGCAAACAGCUGGAGAUGAAGAUCGCUGCAGCUGCCCGAUUCCACGGCCACCGCAGAGACCGCGACAGAGACCGAGACAGAGACAGUGCUCCAGCAGCGAUCCGUGGUCGAUCUGAGCCCCCUGGCGAGGAGCGCCAGGCCGGUCUGGGUGUGACCCGGUCCGGUCAGCACCGCUGGAGCACCAUCAGCAGCCUGAGUGUCGACAGCGGAGUGGUGGGCCUCAGCGAUGAGCGGGAAGAGGAGGACAGCGAGCCUCGCCGUUACCGCAGGAACCGAGGAGCCGAGGUGGAACGGGUGGACAGUGGCAUUGGCCCGGGUCUGUCUCGCACCUGGAAGAGACCGUCCGCCUCCCUCAGAGCCUGGGAGGCUCAGAGACCCUGUCCAGACUGCGGACUGAGGGACGGGGCCUCCAAAGAGCGAGGAGAGCGCAUGUGCGAACGUUGCUCCAAGCUGCGCACUGAGCGCAAAGAGGCCAUCCUGGAGUUUCUGAACACGGAGUCGAGCUACGGCGAGGACCUGCGCAUCAUCAAGGAGGAGUUCUACUGCCCCAUGCAGAGCGCCGGGCUGCUGACCGCCGAGCAACUCACUGUGGUGUUCAGUAACGUUCAGGAGCUGAUCGACGUCAACGAUCGCUUCACUGAACACCUCCAGGACAACAUCGACCAGGCCUUUGACCAGGGAGACGAGGAUCUGCUCACGGUGUACAUAGGAGAGAUCUUUCUGGAGUUCGUCAACAUGCUGCCGGCCUUCCAGACCUACUGCCUGCAGCAGUCCACGUCUGUCAACUUGCUGAACACGCUGGAGAAGGAGAAAGAGCUGCUCAGAAUCUUCUUGGAUGUUUCCCAGAAUGACAACACGGCACUGCGUCGCAUGAACCUGCGCUCCUUCCUCAUGGCGCCUCUCCAGCGCGUCACUAAAUACCCGCUUCUAUUGAGCCGCAUCAUCAAGGUCACUCCCGAAUGUCACCCCGACUACGCGCGUCUCCGUGAGGCCAAGAGUCGUGUGGAAUCCCAUCUGGAGCACAUCAACAUGAAGACCAAACAGGAGGGCAAUGGCGUCACCUGGUCGCUGCGUUCGUUCCGCCGUGACAGCCGCAAAAACCGCGAGGUCAUCAACAUUGAGAUGAGAGAGGUGUCGAUGAAGACGGUGGGCUGGGCCAGAGAGAACACACGGUUUGUCAUGGAGGGGCCGCUCCAGCUGUCCCAGCCGGCAGACGGUCAGUGGGUGAAGAAGGGCAGCAAGGCCCUCAAGUUCCAAAACGUCCAGAGUCUGCUGAUGGUGAGGACACUGCGGGCCGGGGAGGCCCCAGGACAGGACCCGGGGGCCCGGGGGGAACAGGGAGAAGGCGGUGGUGACGGCAUACGAGACGGAGUGCUGGUUCUAAUCAAAGACAAGAGCAGCGGGAAGUUCACCGUGCUCAGAGAGCCCAUCCGACUGGGCAACUGUGUGGUGUCCACAGACCCGGACUGCGAGGACACGUUUGAGGUGCUCGAUAUUCGGCGCGAGUCUUUCGUUUUCCGCGCCUCGGACAAAUCUCGCACCCAGCAGUGGUUCCAUCAGAUCAAGAGGUACGCUCGAGACCUGGGCACCUGGAGGAAAAGACGCAACGCUCUGCCCAACAUCAUGAUCAACACAAACCAGACCCGCUCGUGAGACUGACCCCUCCCCCUCCCCCGCCCGCCUUUCGUACACUGUAAAUAACCUGAAUCCUCCGCAACUGACGACAAGAAGCAUUUCUGAGUGACGCCACUGUUAAAACAUGUCCCAUUAAAAAAAACCUUUCUCAAAGUCUGACAAGAGAAAGGUAUGGCACUUUUCUUACAGAGCUAUGAGUGCGCCACACGUCAGAAAAUCACGCGCGAAGAUUUAACUUGUUGAAAGAAAAAAUCCUGGACAACCAAAAAACCUGGGCUGUGCUCGUCAGCCUUGAUUGUAAAGACUGUUUGCUCCUGGAGGAGGAGCAGAGCUGUGUGUUUGUUGAAAAGCAUGACUGAACCGACUGACUGCAACAAAAAGAACAAUUGUAAUGUCAUUUUUUUAUACCAGACAGUGGGGGUUUUGGUACGUGGAGGUGGAGACAUGGCGAGAGCUUCUGUUCAGUGGUUUCUGUUUGUUGUCACUGCCCUCUCCUGUCCGUGUGCCGCCCUCUACUGUCCGCCGGCAGCAGAGCAACUUUCACUGCCAGAGAUGCAGUUGAGCGAGAGCCUGUUUGACAGGCUGAGCAGACCUCCUGUAUCACUGUGUUUAAUCUACGUAACAGCAAUAAUCUCUGCCAGUUCCACAAUAAGUAGCUACUGUACGUGGUUUUGAUUUCCCAGGAUUCCUUUGGCCUUCAGGUGUUACUGAGUUUCAUGUGGCAGAAUCAACUCAAGUCUCAAAUCUGAUCGUGUUUGUCGGCAUCGUUAAAUCUAAAACCCUCCGUGAUCCCGACAUGAAGGAGUUCAGAUAAUCGUUGUGCCGUGAGAGCACUUUGUGAGUUCAGUCUCCUUUAACUGUUUCCUGUCGACAUCAGGUAAAGUCAGACGCCACAGUUUCCCCCACUGUGUGCUGAGAACAGAGUUUUUCAACCUUGCGUUCAGGAGGGCCAUGAGACAGACAGCUCAAAAUUUGGCACUGUACGUUUUUGCAAACCGUGGAUACAUUAUUUUUGUAGUCCAUACAUUAAAACUUUACGUGUCAGCAACGCUUUGGUGAGUGUGUGUUUACGUUUAGGCACAAAACCCAAUUGGUUCUGGUAGGGCUGCCCCUUCAUUAAUAUAGGCCUAUAUUUUAUCUCCAAGUGCACGUCACACACUGAGCGAGCCGCCUGUUAAUGACGCUGUGGGCUAAUGGGCAUGUAGCUACUUCCAUGUUUCAGAUGAUACGUCAUGUUUGUAGUCGACCAAUGAAGAUGAGUUUACAUAUCACCUUGGGUUCGUCCUUCACCUUCUCAAAAUGAUCCCACACUUUGGAUUUCCUGCCCGACAUGUUAUUAACUAGCCUGUGGAAUAACCGCAGGUACCAGCCCUGGAAAUUAACCUGACUCCUGUCUGACUGCUGAGCGUGGACACUUCCUGUGUCUGUCCUUUCAAAGUAAAGUCACACAUGCUCCAGUCACAUAGGUUUGGAUUUAUUUUGACAAGGCGCAGCUCCUCAGAGUUUCAUGUUUUUUGUUUUUUUUCCUGCGACUAAGCGACCAAUGAAAUCUUGCCGAUUUAUGACCUUUCUGGUCGACUGUAAAGGGGGCGGCCCUAAGUUAUAGUUCGGUAGAGAUUAUGUUUCGACUUAAAAUACCCAGUAUUUGGGGGAACAAUCCUCGCUGGAGAACCCCACUUUUCAUAGCACUAUACUUGCUGGCAAAACAGCAACAUGCGCUAAAAAGCACCCAUGUUUGGUGGCUAAAAGCAGCUGGAAAAAUGGCGACAGGUCUCUAAAAAAAACCCAACAUAUGGUACUUAAUAAAUUGCUAAAAAAAGAGCCAUGGGUCACUAAAACCCACCCACGCUUAGUGGCAAAAAAAUCAGCUGGAAAUGCAGUGAUGACUCGCUAACAAACAACUGGUUCAGUGGUUUGUUGGUGUUGAACCGUCUAAAGCUUGUCAGACAUAGGUGUUGCACCAUCCAACGUCCGCUCCACCUCCUGAUGAUCACAUCAGCUCAGAUACUACGUCACUUUAGAAACACUGAUAUGAUCCGUGUGAAAUGUACAAAUGUGACAUAUCUGUGGUUUGCAGAAACAAACAGUGCCAGCAUUUUGGUGUCUGGGACUUUUAACUCCUCACUAAUCAUGGACGAAUGCGUGCAGCAGGGAUCACAGCUGAAGUCCUUUCAUUCAAAAUGUAGUGUUUUGCAAAAUAUAUUUAAAUUAUUAUAUAUAUUUUUUUAAAUACUAUGGAGACUCCUCGCAUCCCACCAGUAUUACCUGAACCGGAGUUUCAGAACCAGGGACCGGUUGCACAAAACAGCUUAAGUUUUCUCCUUAACUAUGACACUUAAGGCUUAAUUUCCCCUUAGCUGAGGGACUUACACAGUUGCACAGAAUCCUUUAAAUGGUUUCCUUUGUUAAUAAAAACUAAUUCAGUUUGUUGUACGGUGGUAAAAGAUUCCAUGGAGACUGUCUGUGAGACGAUAACAGGCGUCAUGAGUCCAAGCAGAGUUGUCUUAUAGUUAGAUAUUGAAAAAAAAUGGCAGAAGAAAAGAAAACCAGACAGGUCAGCGGAGGAAGACAUGAAACUUCUGGAGGAAUACAAUCAGAGAAAGAACAAACUAGUGAAGUGAAUCUGAUCCUUAAAUAUCAGGAAACAGAAAACGACUGUAAUGAAAAUUCAGUCAAAUCUAAAGUGUAAAAUCAGAAGUGUCUCCGUCAGGUUCUCUCAGAGCACUCUGCUCAGAGUGUGUUAGCUUUUAUUGAUCACCAUAAACUCACUCAUGUUCAGUUAAGACAGAGUCAGAGGGACCUUAAGGUGUUUGUUUGUCCAUGACCCAGAGACAUGGCAGACUGUUACCCUCCUCAUGUGCUAAGUUGCUGCUAGCUGGAAGGUCAGCAGCACCGCCAUCUUGUUUGCCGUCACUCUCAUUUUUGUUUUCCCUGUGGUAAUGGCUGGGUACCAAAUCAGAGGCAGGUUUUAGAAGCAUGUUCUCCAAGUCUUAGACAAGUUAGAAAUAUAACAGAUGUUAAAUAUCAAAUCACAACAGAGCUCUUCCAACAGCUGCCCACUCCACCACUUGCUUUGGUUGCUCAGGUCUUUCGUGCAGCGGUCGAGAGGUUCCUUAAGUAUAACCAGGACAAGGAGAAAACCAUAAAUACUUGAGUGAACAUUUUAAGCAAACCUUAAGGAGAAGACUUAAGGGUGUUUUGUGCAGCUGCUUUUAUUUUGAGAAAACCUUAACCAGGACUUAAAGGACAAUCUUAAGGUGGUUUGUGCAGUUGACCCUAAAGACUUUGAGGAAGUCAGUUCUGAUAAUUAUUAAUGAAGUGUGCAAACUGACUCAUCAUCUCAGCACUGUCCCUUUGUAACACGUCACCAUCUCUACUUAAUCCCACCAACAUGAACUCUCUCCUGCAGUUCGUGCGUUAAGGUUGAAAAACUCUGACUGCACUCGAACAAUCGUCUCAAUCAUCUCGUCAUGACACGGUGUUAACUGUUAUGUGACCCAGCGCUGAGCUGUUGUGCCUUGGUACUCGAUUACUGUUAUACUAAAACUAAACACGUGCAACCUGUCACAGUAGCAUUCAUCUGACACACGGACGACACCGCCCUCUGUCGGCACUCCCAUUAACAGGCAAUAUAAUGACUCCUCUGAUGGACGCUCCCCGGCUGCUGAGAACACGUCAUCACCUGAUCCUCUGAUUUCUGUUUAUUUACGAAGGCUUUAUUGUUUGAUGCACUUUAUUAGGAUUCAGUAAGAGAACGCUCUGCGGUAUAAACACGUUCACAGAUCUUCAUUAGAAGAAGGAGCCGAGCUGAUUUCAGCAGCUCAUCAAACCAAAACUUGUGUAAGACUGACACUGUUUCUGUUUCUGAUGACGUAGCACUAGAAGAGGUAGCAAAUCACUGUGUUUCGCACGGCAGGGCUGCUCAGCCUCACACCCAUUCUCCUGACGCUGUUUCAGAUUAACCCUUUCAACUGUAAAGAAAAAAAAAGCCUGCUGAGUUUUUGUUUUCCUCUUUUUG